GCUGUAGGUCAAUCCGUGCGCGUGCUUUUAUUGGAUCUGCUGCUGUCACAUUCGCGCCGCUGCUGUUCUCAACGCGGGUUAUUCUUCGUCAGGAAACUCGCGACGCGCAAACGCCUUUUCUUCUGUUAUCUGGCGGCCGUCCGUGGGUUUUCUCCGUCCGUCCCCGUGAAAGAGAGGCAGAAUCGUAGGCCCUUGAUUGACAGCUGCUGUUUAAUACAGCUUUGGCGUUGACGCGCCGCUCCGGAGUUUCAUCUAACGGCCCGUUUGAUGUCAUAAAUGCCGGAUCGCGCGUCCCGCGGCGCGUCCGGGACAGAUUUCAGCCUGUUGAUGGGGAGCGGAAUAAACGCGCCGGUUGGUUCCCGAUGACUGCGGCUGAGGGAAGAGACACAGAGGCCGCGCGGAGCGAUCGGGUCGAAGGAGAAUAAGCGCACGAGCAGAUGGACGUGGACCGAACCGGAGCUUGAAAUCCGCCAGAAAAGAGGCGAAGCUCGUGAGCGGACCGUGAGGAUGAGGAGUAACGGGCGCGAGUGAAGCGCGGCGUCGGUCGGGGGGAGCAGAGCAACAUGAGCAGAGUUUGUGUUUGAUCGAUAGACUCGAUAGAUCCGAUCUCCUGAUGAUCUGAGAGAGAAACAUUCCUAUCCGCGCAGUGAAUGAUGGGCUGCGCCUCCAGCAUCCACAUCUCCGAUCGGGUUAAUCACAGCGAGGACUCGCAGAACUGCUCUCAUCCGGGCCACAUCAAGCCUCAGAGCACGUUAACGGAGGUGCAGUUUGGACCAAUGAAGCUGUAUGAAGAUCAGCUGCAGGUGCUGUUAGUGUUUGCCAAAGACGAUGCUCAGAGUAACAGCUUCUGCUGGGCGUGUGAACGCGCUGGUUUCAGGUGUAAUGUGUCCCGAACACCAGAAGCGGCGCUGGAGAGUUUCCAGGAGAAGAACCACGAUCUGAUCAUCAUCGAUCACAGACAUUCCAGAUGCUUCGACGCUGAAGCGCUCUGUCGCUCAAUUCGAGGCAUCAGCUGCUCUCACAACACUGUGAUUGUGGCUGUAGUGAAGAGGCCGGAUCGUGAAGAAGCCACUGUGAUGCCACUGAUAUCAGCAGGAUUUAACAGGCGAUAUGUGGAGAACCCUAACAUGAUGUCCUGUUAUAACGAACUCCUCCAGCUCCAUCACGGAGAAAUACGAGCUCAGAUCAAACUCCGAGCUUGUAACGCUGUUUUUACUGCACUGGAACAGAGUCAGGAAGCCAUUGAGAUCAGCAGUGAAGAUCAUAUCAUACAGUACGUCAAUCCAGCGUACGAGUGCAUCAUGGGAUACCAGCGUGAAGAACUGCUGAAGGAAAACACUGAAGUGCCUAAGAGUGAAAAAAACAAACCAGACCUUCUGGAAAACAUCAGCUCCUGCAUCCGCAGAGGGAAAGAGUGGCAGGGGGUAUAUUAUGCCAAAAAGAAGAACGGAGACAGUGUGCAGCAGAAUGUGAAGAUGACGCCUGUCGUUGGACAGGGAGGUAAAAUCAGGCACUGUGUGUCUGUUACCAGGCCUUUAAAUGACCAUAACAAGACAGAAAAGUGCUGUGAGCGAGUCCAGGCCGAAUCACAGACAGAUAUUCAGCAGUUCAGCAAACACAAGGACCGCAGGAAAGGAUCGCUGGACGUUCGCUCGACGACCUCUAGAGGAAGUGAUGCAGGAAGUUCUCAGAGGAGACACUCGUCUAUGGCCAGAAUCCACUCCAUGACUAUUGAAGCUCCCAUCACUAAGGUAAUAAACAUCAUCAACGCGGCUCAGGAGAGCAGUCCGAUGCCGGUGGCCGAAGCGCUGGACCGUGUGCUGGAGAUCCUGCGGACGACAGAGUUAUACUCUCCUCAGCUCGGUACUAAAGAGGAAGACCCUCACACCAACGACCUGGUGGGCGGACUGAUGACUGACGGACUGCGCAGGUCAUCAGGAAACGAGUACAUCUUAGCCACAAAACAGCUGCACCACAUCCCAGGUCACCUGACCACACCACUGUCCCUCAGCGAUAUCCCACCAUGCAUUGCUCAGACGAUGGAAAAUGAAGAAUCGUGGGACUUUGAUAUUUUCAACCUGGAGUCAGCUACCGUAAAGAGGCCUCUAUCGUAUCUGGGUCUGAAGAUCUUCUCUCGGUUCGGUGUCUGUGAGUUCCUGAGCUGUCCCGAGGCGACGCUGCGCUCCUGGCUGCAGAUCAUCGAGGCUAAUUAUCACUCCAGCAACUCCUACCACAACUCCACACACGCCGCAGACGUGCUGCACGCCACCGCAUACUUCCUGUGCAAGGAGCGCGUCAAGCAAAGUCUGGACCCCAUAGACGAGGUGGCGGCUCUGAUCGCGGCGGCCGUGCAUGAUGUCGAUCAUCCUGGGCGGACAAACUCCUUCCUGUGUAACGCAGGAAGUGAGCUGGCCGUCCUGUACAACGACACGGCCGUGCUGGAGAGUCACCACGCCGCGCUGGCCUUCCAGAUCACCACACGAGACGACAAGUGCAACAUCUUCAAGAACAUGGAGAGGAACGAGUACCGCACGCUCCGACAGGCCGUCAUAGACAUGGUCCUCGCCACUGAGAUGACCAAACACUUCGAACACGUCAACAAGUUUGUCAACAGCAUCAACAAACCACUGGCAGCACUGGAGGAGAACGGGGAUAGCAGUGAUGAGGACUCAGUGCAGAACAUCCUGACGGCUCCAGAGAACCGGAUCCUGGUGAAGCGGAUGUUGAUCAAAUGUGCUGAUAUCUCCAACCCCUGCAGACCCCUGGAGCUGUGCAUCGAGUGGGCUGGACGCAUCUCAGAGGAGUACUUCGCACAGACGGAUGAAGAGAAGCAGCAGGGUCUGCCGGUGGUGAUGCCCGUGUUUGAUCGAAACACCUGCAGCAUUCCCAAAUCCCAGAUCUCCUUCAUCGACUACUUCAUCACAGACAUGUUCGACGCCUGGGACGCGUUUGCUGAUCUGCCCAAUCUAAUGCAGCAUCUGGACAACAACUUCAGAUACUGGAAGAGUCUGGAUGAGAAGAAGCUGCACAGUCUGCGUCCGCCGCCGGAGUGACACACACACACACACACACACACAUGAUGAGCGGAGCUAGCGUGAUCGACGGACUGUGAUGAAACACUAGCCAUCAGCUCGACUGGACACACACACUCGUCUGUGGAGCGCUGUUUGGUCCAGCUCCAUUUCUUCUUCUUCUUCUUUAACUAAUGAUGAGACUCAUGAACUAAUCAAACCCUCAGAAUGAAAGAUGAUCUAAACACCAAAGGUGAUGAUGUAUGUAACCUCUGCAGACUCUGACAGGAAGCGUCACGUGGUUAUUUUGGUCUGUGAGCGGCUCUCCUCCACAGUUUCUGCUGACGAGACUGCUGCCUUAUUUUCUACAGAGACCCCCGACGGACUGCUGCAGUUUCUAACACACUCACGUUGUAUGAAGUAAAUCUCAAUAUUUUUGUAGCUGAUCAGUUUUACACUGGAGCGAUGUGAAGCGUCUGGGACUCCUGGUGUGUGUGUGUGUGUGUGUGUGUGUGUGUGUGUGUGUCAGUGAUGAUCUCCUACAGCGUCCAGAUCCGUCUGUGUCAACCUUCAGCCCACAUUACAAGAAAAUGAGAUUAUAUUUUGUAUUCGGCACCAUUAUGUUUUUCUGCAUUGUGACAUUAUUUUCAUGAUGAAUGACCUCUUCUUCAAAUUCCUCUUUAAAUUCUCAUCUGUAAUGUCAAAAGGAGUUUAUUUAAAUUGUAAAGUAUUUCUACAUCAUUGUAGUAUUUGUUGUACUGCCUUUUUUGAUUUAAUAAAAAGCUAUUUUUUAUUGUAAAGCAGAACUACAAUAAUAAAUGAAACUACAAUAAUAAAACUAA